CAGUAGGAGCAGGAGGAGGAGACUCUGGGCAUUCAUCCAUCCUUUCAAACGUGUCAUGCGGUAUGUGGAGGCCUCGUCUGCGAGGGACUUUUAAUUAGACGGGCGGCGUUUCGUUUAAUUUGGGCGGAGAAGUCUUCGGUACGGUGGACUUCGGAUGCACACAUCGGCCAUGACUCCAUGCUUCGUUAGUGAAUCAGCAGGCUAAUGGAAGUAAUGGGACUGGGAAGAGUGGACCCCAGCGGGAGUUCCCUCCGACAAGCUUGAGAUUCCCUCCGGGUCAUAUUAAUAGCCAAACAAAGGCCGGAAUGGAAGUUCCAAGUAUGCCUAUGUGUCGAGCAUAUCAGUUUUGUUGUCUGGCUAGAAACCUUGUGGCCUUCCUUUUGUCUAGUCCGAGCUGCAUAGUCCGCAAUUGUCCGACACUCGCUCUCCUCUCUCGCUCACUUCCCCACCAAUUCACCAUCUCUUCUGUCGAUAACUUCCGUGGCCCACGUUGCACAGUGGCAGAUUCACCGGGACACGGUGAAGCUUGCUUGGACAAUUCUCUGAGACAAACAAGAUCACACAGAGAUGCUGAUGAGCUCAGCUCAGUUCCGUGACGCUGAGUGAGUGAGUGAGUGAGUGAGAGGGAGAGAGAGAUAGAAAGCGAGAGCGCGCGAGCGAACUCCAGAUGAAUCAGUUUCAUGUACUUGCAAGAGUGGAACUCCGCACCGGGGCAGCCGUACAGUCACGAAAAGUGGACUUGCAAGUGACGAUGGUGAGCUGUAGAACGAGGGCCUGACCACACGAUGCUCUGCACAUCGUAUUGAAUCCCCACAGUGCUCAACCGCCAUCGCUCACUGUAGGAUAUGAUUAGGGUUAGGGUUGAACGCAAGAAGUCGCGCUCUGAGUCCGUGCAUCGAGUCACUGCUCUAACGUUUUCGACCCCUAUCCGCUGAGAGCAGCAGCGUUGCAAUUGUUGGAUUGCUUUCUUGAUCCGGGAACCGGCGGCCGAGUGGCAGCGCUUCCGAACCGGAGGUGCAAGUCGGUCGACUGCCCACAGUCGAUCACUCCUGCUGCAACGGCAUUGGCUCUGUAGGGAAUGGGGAAACAUGUCUGCUGAUAUGCAAUAGUAUACGGAAGGUGCUGCAUGCCAGAUUUGAUCGCCCGCUGUCAUCAUCAUCAUCCUCCUCCUCCUCCCCAGUAUUAGCAUCCUCGUCUGUCUGCUCGAGGGUGAACAGCCUCUCGUGCCUCAGGCGAGCAUAAUGUUGCGGUAUGUCCAGGUGGGGCAAUUUCUGUCAUCUGUGAUUCCUGCAUUAUGGCUGCGGGCGUUCAGGAAAGUCCUCUGGGAUGCGCACACGCAUCCGCUGAUCCCGCUGCUGGGAUGCAACUUGCUCUUGAUGAUGAAGCUGGAGUACACGCUCCAGAUGGUCGGUCCCGGCAAGCAACCCUUCGAUGUCGGAUUUCAGUACACAGCCACGUUCCAUGAUUACCUCAAGGAAAGGCCAUUGCUGAACACUGUAACGGCUGCUCUGAAUACGGCUUUCGUGUUCUUCCAAGUCGUGUACGUCGCCUAUGCCUGGAUCGUCGAGGGCAGGAAAAGGGCCACUCUGGCGGCUCUCCUGCUGUACACCUGCCGAGGGCUAAUGGGGUACUCUACGCAGCUACCGCUUCCUCAGGAGUUUCUGGGAUCGGAGCUGGACUUUCCUGUCGGUAAUGUCUCGUUUUUCCUCUUCUUUUCGGGCCACAUCGGGGGCUCUGUAAUAGCGUCCUUAGACCUGAGACGAGCGCAAAGACGGAGGCUCGGAGCCAUCGUCGACUUCUUGAACCUGCUGCAGUGGUUCCGCUUACUGGCCACUCGGGGCCACUACACCAUAGAUUUGAUCGUGGGAGCUGGAGCAGGCUGGGCCUGUGACCACUUGGCCGGCAAAUAUGAAGAGAGAAAAGCCAAGCUCGCCAAGUUAAAAGAAUUCGGGCCAGACAAUAGAUUACAGGGCGUUCGGAUGUGAGUGUAGGCAGGGCUGUCCAGUCCACCGGGAUGAAAACCUCAUGUACUUUUACUUCGCCGGUGACGGAGGGCUUUGAAUUCGAAGAUAUCUCGACACCUUGUGCACGGUUUAAGUGUGGCCUCGAACGCGAAGACCACCAUCGUCCUUUAUGGCCCAAAUGUGU